AUGCUAGUUUGGCAAAGUAUCUUGUUAUUUCUUGUUGGUUGUGUCUUAUCAAAAUCACCAACUAACCUUUAUACACCAGGUUAUGUUCAGUGUCCUGAAGGUAAAUUAACUAGGUCCUCAUUGGAUGGUAUCAAUUCCAAUGAAAAAGCAUACAUUGAUAGAAGGUAUGCAAAUGCCAAAAGUGAAUUAAGCAAGUUUCUUCAUAAUGCCAAAAUAGUUGAUUUCGAUGUUGAUGGGUUUUUGGAAACAGCAAACCCAACAAUUGGACUUGCAUUUGGCGGUGGAGGCUACAGAGCUAUGCUAGUUGGUGCUGGUGAAUUACUUGCUUUAGAUUCACGAGCAACUAAUCCUUCAGUUUUAAGUGGGAUCUUGCAGAGUUCAAGCUAUAUUGUUGGUUUAUCUGGCGGCUCAUGGCUAGUUGGAAGUCUUGCCAGUAAUGAUUUGAUACCAGUGGAUCAACUUUUACGAGAAGACAAAUUGUGGGAUAUACAAAAUUCAUUAGUUGCAUACUAUGGAGUAAAUAUUGUUAGAAAUACUGCAAUGUGGGGUAACAUUAAUUUGCAGGUCCAAACCAAACAAUUAGCUGGUUUUACUGUCAGUAUAACAGAUGUCUAUGGGAGAGCUUUGAGUCACCAAUUGUUAACAAAUUUUGACAAUCAAGGGGCUUCAUUUUUAUGGUCAGAUGUAACUGAGACCACAUCAUUCCAAAAUAAUGAAAUGCCAUAUCCAAUACUAACCGCGUUGGGAAGGGAACCAAACACUGUGCUCAUGAAUUUCAAUUCUACCGUAUUUGAAUUAACCCCUUAUGAAGUGGGUUCAUGGGAUCCAAGUUUGAGAAGCUUUGUUGAUACCAAAUAUAUUGGAACCAGGCUUGAUGAUGGGGCUCCUGUCUCUAAAAGAUGUGUUAAUGGGUUUGAUAAUGCAGGGUUUUUCAUGGGCACAUCCUCAUCUUUAUUUAAUAUAGUGUUGCAACAACUUAAUAACAUGCCAAUCCCACCAUUCCUUAAAGAGCUCAUUAGCAAAUUCACCCUCGACCCUGUUGAAAAGUUAAAUAUUGAUAUUGCACAAUACAAUCCAAAUCCAUUUCACAAAAGCAAUAAUUCCGAUACCAAAAUAGCACAAUCUCGAACACUAUAUUUGGCAGAUGGAGGUGAAGACGGUCAGAAUGUUCCCUUGCUUCCAUUGAUCCACCGUAAGGUAAGCGCAAUCUUUGCCUUUGAUCAAUCGGCAGAUAAAAACAAUUGGCCAGAUGGAUCAGCUUUAAUCAAAACUUUUGAACGACAAUUCUCAUCACAAGGAGAUGGCAUUGCCUUCCCAUAUGUCCCAGAUCAGAACACUUUCCGGAACUUAAAUUUAACUAGUAAGCCAACGUUUUUUGGAUGUGAUGCCCAGAACUUGACAUCAUUAACUGAAAAUAUCUAUGAUGUUCCUGUGGUUAUAUAUCUUGCAAAUCGUCCAUUCACAUACUUUUCCAAUACAUCUACUUUCAAACUCAAGUAUUCUGAUACGGAACGACAAGGAAUGAUUUCAAAUGGAUAUGAUGUUGCAUCUCGCUUGAAUGGUAAAUUGGACAACGAGUGGGCAGCUUGUGUUGGUUGUGCCAUUAUACGCAGAGAACAAGAACGUCUAGGAAUCGAACAAACGGAACAAUGCAAAAAGUGUUUUGAGAAUUAUUGCUGGGAUGGUACAAUAUACAAAGGUGAACCUUUGGGCGACAACUUCAGUGAUGAAGGCUUAACAACGAGCGCGGCAGACUAUAAUCUGAAUAAUGUGGCUGGAAUUAAUGACGGCGGUAUUGCGUUGGUUAAACGAGAUGAUCUCAGUAAUUGA